CUUGUUUUACUUGGAUGUCCACGUACCCGCUGAUUAUGCGCGUCUCUGGGUAAUGUGCCAUAAAAAAAAUAGAGAAGGAAAACUUCAUAGAAAUGGCGGAGGGUGCAACGUCUCUGAAAGAGUUGCGAGCUCAAAUGGCUGCAUCUGCGCAGGCGCAGGCAGAGGAGCGGCGCAGCCUAGCAGGGAACAGCCCAGUACCUGCAUCCCCUGCAACAGCAAACACACCACCCAACACCACUGCAGCGAAGUCUCCCCGGCCAGUCAUUGAUGGUGCUGCACUAAGGAUAGACGACCGGCUUCGAGUGGCAAAAGAGAGACGAGAGGAGGCCGAUAGGCAGCAAGCUGCGAAGGACUCUCAGAUCCUGGAUAGAGAGCGUAAGGCCAAGCUGCAGGUGGAGCGUCAGAUGGAGGAGCGCCAGAAGAAGCUGGACGAGCAGCGCAGGAAGGAGGAGCAGAGACGCUCGGCUGUGGAGGAGAAAAGGAAGCAGAAACAGGAGGAAGAGAAGGAGCACUAUGAGGCGGUGAUGCGGCGCACCCUGGAGCGCAGCCAGAGAGUAGAGCAGAGGCAGAAGAGGUGGUCUUGGGGAGGACUCUCAGAAUCAGACAACCGAUCCGGAGACCCUGACGCAGGUGCCGCCUCUCCAGUAGCUAUAGUAAUCUCACCCGCGUCUCCAGAAAAGCCCCACAGGACACAACAAAGUGCAGUUGACAAGCGCUCCACUUCCACCAUGAACCUGAAACAGCUGUCUGAGGCUGGCAUCAACAAGCGCCUGUCCUCCUCCUCCGCCACCCUCAUCAACUCUCCCGACAAAAGUGCUCGUGUGAGGAGUUCGUCAUUGAAUCGGUUGCCUAGAAACGACAAAAUCGACCUAUACACUCAGCCCAAUAAGGAAGGCAGGAAAAAGCUUCAGGUGGAACAGACAGGACCCUCCCUGAAGAAGAGAAGCUCCUCCCUUACACGAGCAGGAGGGGGCAAAACGCAAACCCCCUCCAAGCUCGACAAGGGGACUACAGACGACCAAGCUCGCAAGCCCCUGGCGAGCCCCGUGGACGGAGGGUUCCUCAGUCGCCUGCUCACCCCCACCCAGGCCUCACUAGCUAGGAGCAAGAGCGCCGCUGCCCUGUCGGCCGAAGGAGGCGACGCCCCAGAGUGUCACCUGUGUCCUCGCUCAGCCUCGGCCAGCCCCCUGCACCCGGUGCAGCGAGGACCCCUGCGCAGCCGCAGUAUCGACCGGCAGAAGAGCGCCACCCUGCCUACCUCCGCCUCGGCAGACCAAGUGGACCCCUCACUGAAGGAGAAAAGGUUCUCAUCGCCCGGAGGGAAACGUCCCGCCUCGCCCUCCAACAUCGCGGGACGCCACCGCUCGCCCUCCCCCGCCCCCCUCCCAGCGAGCAAGAGAACCCCCUCCCCCAGUGCAAAGCCAAGCCCACGUAACCGUCCCUCGUCACCUGGGGGUAUCAAACAUCGCCCCUCAUCCCCUCAGUUUAGCUCGGCCAAGCCCCCGUCCCCCCAGCCCACCUCGGCCAAACCUCCACCCAUCCAGAGACCGGCCCUCACCCCCACCGGCCCCCCAACCCUGCGGAAGAGGGACUCCAAGCCAAAGGACCUGUGUCCCAUCCAGCCUGUGGUGCCCCAGUCCCCAGAGGCUCCUCAGACCAGCACAACACCCACCCCUACUCAUACCACCUCCAGUAAGACCAAAGACAAGGACGACAAGUCCAUGGCGGGCACCAACUCUGCUGCAGAGGCUGCCAUGAUCCUGGCCGAGAACCGUCGUUUGGCGAGGGAGAAGAAGGAGAGGGAGGAGGCACUCAGAGUUCUGAGAGAGGAGGAGGAGAAGCUGAGGAAGGAGGAGGACAAACGCUUGGCCGAGGAGGAUCGGUUGAAACGCCUGGAGGAGGAGAAGAGGCUGGCGGAGGAGAGGAAGAAGAAAGAGGAGGAGGACGCUCUUAUGGCGGAGGCAGACAGAGAAAGACUGGAGGUAGAGGAGGCCGUGAGACAGGCUGAGCUACAGAAAGAGCGUGAAGAGGCGGAGGCACAGGCUGCAAUUGAGGCAGAGAAGGUCCGCAUUGAGAGAGAGAGGGUCAUGGCCCAGAACCAACAGGAACGCAUGGAGAGGAAGAAGCGAAUUGAGGAGAUCAUGAAGAGAACCAGAAAAGGGGACCUAGAAAAAAGAGAUUAUGAUGAGGGAGACGAGGAGGGUGACGAAGAAGAAGCCAAGGACGACGAGUCAGCCCAGACCGGAGAUGUCGCCAUGGAGACGGACUGCAUGGACGAGGGGCGUGGCAUGACCCGCAGUGAGCCAAUGGGAGAGCGUAGGGAGCCGCUGGGCAGCGUGAACUGGAAGCCAGAGGCGGACGACAAGGAGAACAACAACGGAACCAGCGCUGAGGAUUCCCUGGCUGUUAAUCCAGUGCCUAAAGGUCGCCUGGUAGAAGGCUCAGAGUUCCUGAACGAGGACUCUAACAAGCUGGCCCCGGGGCUCAACGGUAAGCCUGGCCCCUGGAGCUUCGAGGAGCUCAUUGACCUGGGUGUCAACUCCAAGGGUCGGCCCCUCAUCGACGCAGAGGGCCGCAACCAGGGCCUCAUCGACUGUGACGGGGGUCCCGAGGUGAUCCCCGUGGCCACCCUCCACCCCUCCAGCCAGCCUAUCGAAGCACUGUCAGAGAUGUGAGGCUGCAGCUCUCCCUUCAGAGGCCUGUUAAUAUUGCACUCCUGGAGUUCCUGUCCAGCUGACCCCUCCCUCCACACAAACACUUACCCACAUACACACACCCCACCCAGCCUUCUUGUCUGGACCACCUCAGCCAGAGGAAGAGCAUGGGGGACACAUCCAGAACGCUAGCUUUGCACCCCCCAACACACACAAAAAAAAACAUGAAAAAUACAACACAGAAACGAUGCUUUAGGGAAAAUCUCAAUUUUCCUUCAAUGUGCUCGCUUUAAGGUCUCAUCUUUAUCCUCCCAUACUUACCAUUUCACUUGGUUCUUUUUUAUUUUUUUUGUUCACACUUGAUGUUUUGUAGGUGGUGUGACGUAAUUUAUAAAUUUGGGCUUUGUAAUAUGUAAUUACUUAUCUCAUGUCUAUUUUUUUUUUUGGGGGGGGGGGUG